AUGAAAAUUUUAUACGAAAUUAAAAUUGUAAUUUUUAAAUACGUUGAAAAUCCAAUUUCACUUGCUCUCGCUAACCGUGCUUGGUAUACUAUUUUCCAUGAUCCGCACGCGAGAUCUGAAUGGCUCCUUAAUAAGUAUGGGAGAGCACAUGCAUUAUUUCAUGCAGUUAGGCUUGGACGCAAUUUCCUCACGUUAGAUGUUAUAAAAUGCUUAAUGGCUAAAAAAGCAAUUUUAUCACGUUACUUUGUUCAAAGACUUAUGUUACAAUGUGGAGGUUGUGAUGGGAGAUUGUUGGAACUUAGAAAUACUCUUAACGUAAGCCAAGAAGAUUUCAAAAGAUUAAAUUCUUCCCAAAAGCACCAUUGGGGCUAUGACCUAUCUGUAGAUGUUUUCAUAUAUAUUUUGGAAGAAGCAAUCAAGUUAUAUGAAUCAGAUGUAUAUAUAAAAGGGAAUGACUUUGAUCUCCUUCAUUUACUAACAGCCAGUUCUUCCAUGAUAAGCCUCUCAUCUGAAAGAAUACAAGUUGACAUUGAACAAAUAAAGGAUUUAAUAUUAAACAAAAAAUUAAUACCAUUCCCUCCAUCAACAAGAGAACAUGGUUAUGAAAACGUACAUCAAUUAAAUAUCCUAGCUCGUGCCAUCGUGUUAUAUCCUGAUCUCGUAAAUUUAUGGAAACAAAUCGGUUAUCAUGAAAUAUGUAAAGAUACGAAUAGCCUUGUGAUUCGGGGCGUAUAUUUGCUUUUAUUUCCAUCUAAUACCGAUCAGCGCAACUGGGUGUGCCCAGAUGAGAAUGUAAUAUUUAAAAAAUUAAAAAUAUUUAUUGAUCUUGGAUUUAAACUUGACAACCAAAGCAUAAGGGCGGUGAUUUACCUAUUUAGAGAUAGGAUAUCAGAAAUAGGUGAAGUUAUUUUAAAAUCUUUUUAUUUAAUCUGUAAAGAUAAAUAA